AUGUCGGACCACAUUGCCGCGCGUCUCGCCAACCUCAAGCCCUUUGGCAAGCAGGGCAGUGACGAUGACGACCAGGGCGGGCAGAUUGACAUUGACAGCGUGGGCGGAGGCGGUCGCCACAACCGCAAGACCGACCACGCCAAGGAGCAGCUGAGGGUGAGCCGCGCGCUCAGAAUCUUUCUCGCCAAAGAGGGUGUCAUCGCCGAGAGGGAUGCGGCCCUGGACACGGAGCUGCAGAGCGACGCCGUGCGGAAACUGCUGAGCCGAACCUCGUUUGACGCGCCCGAGGACCUGCUCGUCCGCUCUCACCCUCUGCCCGAGUACUUCAUCAGCUCCAGCCACAACACAUAUCUCAUCGCCCACCAGCUCUAUGGUACCUCGUCGGCCUCGGCUUACGAGACGGCUCUCAAAACGGGUUCUCGCUGCGUCGAGAUCGACGCCUGGGAUAACAGCGCCGACGAGGAAGAGCCCAAGGUCACCCACGGAUACACUCUCGUGUCGCACAUUCCCUUUCGCGCCGUUUGCGAGACCAUUCGCAACGUCUUUGACGAAGAGAAGGCCCUGGCGGCGAGCGACCCGGCCUACACCGUCGCGCCCAUUCUGCUGUCGCUGGAGAAUCACUGCGCUGAGCACGGGCAGCUCCGCCUUGUGCAAAUCAUGAAGGAAGUGUUUGGGGAUCGCCUGCUGAGUGAGGCGGUGCGUGAGCUCGGCCACCGCGAGCAAGAGGACACCGGCGAGCAUGUGUCGCUGCAGGAGCUUGGCCCUCGCAUUGCCGUCAUUGUCGAGCACCACAUCCCGGGCGAGGUCGAGGACAGCGACAGUCCGUCCAGCUCCGAGUCGGACGACGAAGAGGAGAAGAGGGCGCGGAAGGAGUACAAGGCCAGCAGCAAGGAGAAGGAGGCGGCUGCCAGCAUCAUUGUGCCGGAGCUGGCCGAGCUUGGCGUGUACGCGCAGUCCGUCAAGCCGAGCGACAACUCGUGGUACGACCCAGGCCAGCUCGUCAACGGGCCGCACCACCACCUCAUCAACGUGUCCGAGUCCGGCCUUGCCAAGCACCUCCCCGCCAACUCCUCGGCCAUUGCCAUCCACAACUCGCAGCACCUCAUGCGCGUAUAUCCCAAAGGCACGCGCAUCGGCUCGUCCAACCUCAAGCCCGUCUCCUUUUGGGGCAUCGGCGCCCAGAUCUGCGCGCUCAACUGGCAGACGUUUGGGACGAGCAAUCAACUCAACGAUGCCCUCUUCAGCGGCUCUGAGGGCUACGUCCUCAAGCCAGCGGCGCUGCGCGCUGGCGGCAACGGUGUCAUAAGCACGGGCCGCAAAAAGAGGCUUCGCCUGCACGUUGCUGGCGCGACAGAUAUUCCGCUACACGAGGAUCGCGAGGCCGACUCCAUUAAACCAUAUCUUACGUGCAAUCUGUACAGCCCGUGCAAAAUCGAUGGCGAGACGAAUAAGCGCAAGACGUCGCCGUACAAACACCACAAGCUCGGCAUCCUCCACCGAGGCGACAGCAACCCGCCCGCGACGGACCCCCUCUGGCACGAGACGCUCGAGUGGACGUACGAGGACAACGAGCUGGUGUUUCUGCGGAUGCUCAUAAAGAGUGAUGACGCGUGGGCAAGAAACCCCAUGUUUGCGGUGGCCGCGGUGCGCCUUGAGUACACGGUGCCCGGCUGGAGCUUUAUCCGACUGAUGGACAUGAAGGGCGGCGAGACAAAGUGCACUGUUCUCGUCAGGUUCGAGGUGGACGAUGUUUAA